CUUUUUGGAAAAUAUCCUUUUCUCUGUACGCUCUCUCAACUACUCACUCUUUCUUCAUUUCAAAUUUCAGAAACCAAUCUCUCUCUUCUCUCUCAUCGAUAAGCAUAUUCAAUCAAUGGAGACUUCAUCGGCGAUCUCGAUCGGCACUUGUUUGAAAGAGCACCAGAAGAUCUACAAGGAAUGGUUCAACAUCGCCGAUUCAGAUGGAGAUGGACGUGUUUCUGGGAACGAUGCUACGAAGUUCUUCGCCAUGUCAAAGCUUUCUCGCCAGGAACUCAAACAGGUUUGGGCAGUUGCGGAUUCGAAGCGGCAGGGGUUUCUAGGUUUGACUGAGUUCAUCACUGCUAUGAAGCUCGUCACAUUGGCACAAGAAGGACAUGAAAUUACUUCAGAUCUUCUCAAAGGUUCUGUUGACAUGAAGACUGUGGAACUUCCUGUGUUGGAAGGAUUGGAGAAUGUGGUGGUAUCUAAGCAGAAAGCAUCAAAAGCAUAUGCAGUUGAUGAAGACAAUGUAGUUACUCAGCCACAAGCUGUAACGGCAAAAGCUCCCUGGUUCAAAUCAAAAGCUAUUAUAAAGCCUCAGGUUAAUGUGGUGACAAUCGUUGAUGGCUUGAAAAGAUUGUACGCUGAAAAGCUAAAGCCUUUGGAAGUCACAUAUCGUUUCAAUGAUUUUGCAUCUCCAGUGCUGACUAAUAGUGAUUUUGAUGCCAAACCCAUGGUCAUGCUUUUGGGUCAAUAUUCCACCGGAAAGACAACAUUUAUAAAACACUUGCUGGGAUGUGAAUAUCCAGGAGCUCACAUUGGUCCAGAGCCAACAACAGAUAGAUUUGUGGUUGCAAUGAGCGGACCAGAUGAGCGGACCAUACCUGGAAAUACCAUGGCUGUUCAAGCUGACAUGCCAUUUAACGGGCUAACAAGUUUUGGAGGUGCUUUCCUAUCAAAGUUUGAGUGUUCUCAGAUGCCUCAUCCUCUCUUGGACCAAAUCACUCUUGUAGACACUCCAGGAGUUCUUUCAGGAGAGAAACAAAGGAUGCAAAGAAGCUAUGACUUCACCGGCGUCAUCUCAUGGUUUGCAUCUAAGUGUGACAUGAUUUUGCUUCUUUUCGAUCCCCACAAGCUCGACAUCAGCGAUGAAUUCAAGCGCGUCAUAACAUCUCUACGUGGCAACGAAGACAAGAUACGUGUAGUCUUAAACAAAGCUGACCAAGUUGAUACUCAACAACUAAUGAGAGUGUAUGGAGCCUUGAUGUGGUCCCUUGGUAAAGUUCUGAACACACCAGAGGUCGUGCGUGUCUAUAUUGGAUCCUUCAAUGAUAAACCCAUAAACGAAGCUGUCGUUGGUCCAAUUGGUAAAGAAUUGUUUGAGAAAGAGCAAAACGACCUCAUCACAGACUUAAUGACCAUACCUAAGAAAGCAUGCGACAGAAAGAUUAACGAGUUUGUGAAGAGAGCUCGAGCUGCGAAGAUCAAUGCCUACAUAAUGAGUCAUCUGAAGAAAGAAAUGCCAGCAAUGAUGGGAAAGUCCAAAGCUCAGCAACGUCUCAUGGACAAUCUUCAGCAAGAAUUUGAAAAGGUGCAACAAGAGUAUCAUCUCCCGGCAGGAGAUUUUCCAAGUGUGGAGCAUUUCAGAGAAGUAUUGGGAGGAUAUAACAUUGACAAGUUUGAGAAAUUGAAGCCUAAGAUGAUUCAAGCAGUGGAUGAUAUGCUUGGUUACGAUAUUCCAGAUCUCUUGAAGAAAUUCAGAAAUCCAUAUGAGUGAAAUCAUAAAUGGUACCUAAAAAAUUAUAUGAAAUUUGAGAGUUCAUGAAUCUCUAGAUCAUGUUAUGUGUUUGAAUUGAUAUCGCUUUUUCUGAAUUUUAGUAUAUUGAUUUAGUAUUU